GUUAAUUGUUUAAUCAAAUAAAAUUUCCAAGGAUUUUACUAUACUGAUAUAGAGUCAAAUUUGAGCAUCGAAUUGAAAAUUUAAAUAAAAUAAGUCAAUCAAAAAACUUUUGGAAAAAGUACUGCACUAAAUAAAAUUUUUGCAAGCUCGUAAUUGUUCUGGCUUUGCUCCUGAUUGGUGGGUAAACAAGAAAAUAUGAGAUCACGAUGACUAUUGGAAUUUAAUUCUGUUUGUCAUUGUGAAAAAAAAAGUUAGUGGAUAAUCUUUGGUGAAAAGCCGGUAUAAAAUCGAAAAUAAUUCGGUUUGGCUCUGUGUAUUCUUGGAGUUUUAACGAAGCACAAGUUGGGAUCCGUCAUUCUGUCAGCAUUAAAAUGAGCAGCGUGACGCUGACAGUGCCGUCCUCGUACGGCUACGUGGUGCUCGUGGCCGUCGGUUCCACCUUCGUCCUCAUGUGGAAGGGGGUGAAGGUGGGGAUGGCGCGCAAGAAGUUCGGGGUCCCGUACCCCAACAUGUACAGCCCGGACAACACUCUCUUCAACUGCGUGCAGCGCGCCCACCAGAACACGCUCGAGAACUACCCGCAGUUCCUAGCACUGCUGCUGCUGGGAGGCCUGGAGUGGCCGGUGGUGUCUGCGGUGGGAGGGGCAGUAUGGCUGCUAGGCCGCAUCGCCUACGCCCAGGGCUACUAUACCGGCGAUCCCAAGAACAGGAUGAGAGGCAGUUUUGGGUACCUGGGCCUGUUUGCUCUCCUGGCCGCGAGUGGUCGCUUUGGUCUGCGGCUGCUCGGGUGGUAGGCUUCGCGUACGGAUGAUAGUGGCCCGCACACCGUCUCUUCAGCACUAGUGUCUGCCGUCUGCUCUCUACAGUGUUGGACGAGAAGACUUGUCACAACUGCCAUCGGUGUCAUGAACUGUGUUAGCAGUGUUUCAACAUAUUCCACAUUCACUUGACUCUUUAUCUUCAGUAAGCUGCUUCUCAAUGCAGCAAGAGGUGGGGUUGUUCCAAGGAAAGCGGGGAAAAGUCAUGAAAUAUUGCCUUAAAGUCACAGUCAUUUAUAACCACACAAGAAUGCUUGGCCAGGGUGACCUAAAAUUCAGCAAUGAGGAAUGAACUGGACAUAGACUGAGGUAUGACUAAAUCUACAGGAUGUUUUUUUGUUAAUUUCUUUUUUUACUUUUUUACAAAAUGAAGAAAGAAAAAGAUGUAAAAUUGUUAAAAAAUGUUUUUGUGCCACAGGGAAAUGAUUUGAUGUGCACUGUUUUAACCUUUGUGAUUAAUUUGCAACAUGUGUAACAUUUCCAAAAAUAUAGUGUGCCACUCGCUGUUUGGUCCACCAGCAGUGGUGCAGUCACAGUUCAGAAAAUCAGCAAAACAAUUCUUACUUCUCAUUUAAGUCAGUAUUUUAAUUUUAACAUUAUGGUUCUUAUAAAAAAAAAGCAAUAGCUUGCAGUAAAAAUGUAUUAAUUAAUUUAUAGCAUCUUUAAGUCAACAUUUAUGUUUGGUGUAACUAUUAUUUCAACCGAAUUGUUUUGAGUGCAAUGAGUUAUUGCCUCUGCAGUUGGAUGUUGGGAGUCUGUUAAUUAAUAUCUCGUGAUAAAAGUUUUAAAAUAAAACAUUGCAAAAAGUUGAUUUAUGUGUCAUAGUGUUAGUAAUUCAGGUGGAUAUUUCAAAAUAGGAAUUAUAGCAAGAGAUAGUCAAAUCCAAGUUGGGGUAUAAUACCUGUCAAACUUUCAAAUUGUGUAACGUUUGCUCAGCAGUCAUAAAAUUGUAUUGGUUAGCUGGUAUUAAAGGGUGGACUGUGUGCAUUGUCGUGGAACUAUAACGUACUUUUGGCAGCUACGUAAUAUCUAGGAUAUUUGCACAGAGCCAGUUGCUAAACUUGCAUGCACAGAGUAUGCAAGUGUGACGAUCUUGUCUCUUGCAUCACUGAGUGGUUUGAACUCCCACCUCGUUCAUUACUGUAUUUUUUAUUAUUUUAUUAUCUAUUUCAAUGAAGUAACCAUUGUUAAUUUUACGUAUUAUCUGUGGGUUAGUUCUUGUGUACAGCUUAAGUUCAUUACAACUUAUAAGUAAGUAUAUAUUUUCAAAUAACUGUGGGAAGAAAUCCAUUUAAAAACAGCACAGUACAAAGUAGUUAAUGUCGAGUCCGAACUUAAGGUUUCUGUGAUGUAACUACACUUAAUAAUGUUGGUUGAAGAUUUGUAAUAAACUUUUAAAAUGCUUUAAAUUUUUGUAUUAGUUACUUGUGAUAGAAAAUUAUAGUAUUAGAACUCGUGUA